UGAGAUUAAAUGAAAUUCAUUUUAUUAAUUCUUAUUUGCGAAGUAGUCUACCUGAAUGCUCAAUAAUGUUUUUAACAAUCUUCCAUCUUUAGCUAUAUAUUUAAAUCAGAUAUGCCAAAUACUUAAAAUGACGAAUGGAAUUAUUAAACUAUAACAUGUAUUAAUCAUUAUCUAAUUUUAGCAUUUGAAUAGUGUAAAUAAGGAAUAACAACUGAUACUAAGAAUUUCGAAAUUUCUUAGGUGAGUUUACUUAGUAACAAGAUAAGUUUAGAUGUUGAAGAAAUAAUUGAUUUAGUGAUGAAUAAUACUUAAGGACCCUUGGUUCAAUAUAAAACAAAUAGAAUCACGUUGACAUCAUGGGGUGUUAACAAUAUUGCCAGAUAUCAAUCUUAGUAUUUCACAAUAGGACCAGCAGAACAUAAUUUCGAUUUUUGGGCAAAAGCUCCCGAUGCUGAAAUUCAAGUUUAUUUCGUUUAAGAUUAACUUUAUCAAAGCUGCGAUGUUGAACCUCUUUAUGCAGUACUAUCAAUACCAGUUUAUGUGAUCUCUGAGACGUAGAAUAUUAAAUACGCAAUAAAUAUUAAUGUCACAAAUCAAAUACAAGUAAUUGGAUCAUUCAAUUUCAAAUAAAAUAUUCUCGGAGCCUAUGAUUCAGACAUGACCAGUUAUGUAUCUUAUAAAGCUCCAAUUAACAUUCCGUAAUUAUUUAGUAUAUUGAAAUCAUAGACCUUGCGGAAAUGCAAAUUGGUUUGUGUUGACCUAACCUUAAUUCAUAAAAUCGGAAUUACUGAAUAGUUUAUUGCAAUCAAAUGCUGUUAAUGCCUUACAGAGGAUAAAUUUUGAUGGAACCUAUUUGAAUUUCAUAAAAGGAGUAAGAUAUUGUUAUACAUUUUUGUAGAGAUUCGUGUAUGAAGGUGAAGAUAAUAUGAAGGAUUAUGAUGAUAAUGUUGAGUGGGCUGCUACCUGGAUAGCCUCAAUAAUACCUUGUCUGCUAUUUGCAUUGGUUGUCUGCAUCUAUGGUUAAUAUGAAAUUUCUAAUAUUGGAAGAUAUAAGAGGCCUGAACCUAAAUAACAUGAUGGAAUAGAAUAAGAAUCAUUAAAAUAAGAUGAUGCAGGUGAUAAGAAAUUUGGGUGA